AUGUGGAGCAGCAAGUGCAAGGAAACGGCGCAGGAAGUGGCGAGUCGUUGGGAAAUGCUUUUCAAACACGAGGUUUUGUCUUCUUUGGAAACCCCUUUGCCAGUAGAAGAAGAGGGUUUAGGGUUUAGGAUUGAACUGACGAAAGGCAAGGCCCGCGAGGAGCUGGCGAGGGUUUACUGCGCCGGCGCAGACCCUUGGAAGGAGGUUUCGGCUGAAAUGGAGCAGCAGCUGCACGAAAUGGGAGCAGCACUUGAAGAGGCCAACAUCGAAGCAAUUAAAGUCAACUGCAGCAGACCUUUGGACCAGCUGAAGGCGGAACUCGCGGAGGAGGCUUCGAGGUUUUACUUGUGGCGCUCUUUUGCUGCUUUCGCGCAGCAGCAAGCUGAGCUGCUGCUGCUGUCAGCAAAUUUGGAAAUAAAUUCAAAUGUGAAUUUAUCUGCCGCUCUCGUUUCUCGGGUGUCUGUACACUGGGUCCACACGGAACUCAAGAGGGAGUACCAGCCCCUCAUCCACGCCAACUUCUUCGCCCUCCUCUACCUCGUAGGAUUGUGGGUUGCAUAA